UUUUACAGUUUUGAACGGAAGUCGGAAUAAGGUGCACGGACGUGCGGUUAGCGGGGUGUACAUGCUGCUAAGUUCACUGUAAUAUUGAGUGCAUUUUGUAGAAACGCACGGUUUUAAAAUACCCCUUUUUAAUCAAAUACAUAUUUGUGUAGUUAAAGCAAUAAAGCUAGGGGUUGGGUCAAAAUUUUCGUGUAAUUUAACUUAAUAAACAUUGACAUAAUCUACUUUUCAUGCAAUUUUGUCGUAAGAAUGUGUGAUUAAAAGUGCAUCUUCAAAAUUGCUCUUCGAACUUCUUAACGUACUCUCGGAAACCACAAGUAUUUUAUUACCCUAUACAUAGAAACAUACAUUUACGACCAAGAUGGGUUUGUGCAAGACUGCAGUGACAUUUGCAAUCAACAGUGGAAGAGCUGGUGUAAGAAAUAAUGGGAAUCUUCGUCUUCGCCCGCUGUUGUCAUGCGCGCCUGUCAUGAUGGUGUACGGAGAAAGGAAUGCGCAUACGCAGGACCUAACCAAGAACAUUCAGUACAUCAGCAACGACAAGGUCAAGCUCACCACGGAUCCGAAGACAAUGAAGCUAGACAAGCAGCUUAACCGUCCAAUGUGUGUGAUGAUUAACUGGUUGUUGGCGAGACAGAAGCACGUCAUGAAGUAUGCCAAUCUCUACUUGGAGCAGGGAUUUGAUGUGAUCUCCGUAUCCUGUACACCCUGGCAACUCAUGUGGCCACAGAAGGGCACCCAAUUGGUGUCUGGUGAUCUUCUGCGAUUCAUGCAGGCGAACGAGAAUGAUCAGCCGCUAGUGGUGCACGGAUUUUCAGUGGGUGGUUACCUCUGGGGCGAGCUAUGCGUACACGUUAUGAAGAACAAGGAAUUGUACCAGCCGGUUCUAGACCGAGUGUCUGCUCAAGUGUGGGAUUCGGCUGCUGACAUAACAGAGAUCACCAUCGGAGUACCGGCUGCCGUCUUCCCCAAGAACAAGAUCAUGCAGAAGACGCUCAAGGCUUAUAUGGAAUACCACCUUAAAACGUUCCACGACGCCGCCACAGUGCACUACAUCCGUUCAUCGCAGUUGUUCCACACCAACCUUUGUCACGCGCCCGCGUUGUUCCUACUGUCGGCGAGUGAUACUGUGGGAGCCGAAAGGAGCAACAGAGCUGUGUAUGAAAGCUGGGCCAAAAUGGGCAUGAAGUGUACAUGGAACUGCUGGGAUCGAUCUCCCCACGUACAGCAUUUCAACAAACAUCGCGACGAGUACGUGACCCUUCUGCGUGCGCAUCUAAGCGAACACGUCCCAACCGCUAAUCGGGAACAAAAUCGCGCGGUGGUUUAAAUAGUUCCGCAAUAUAUUAACUUUUUCUUACGUAGAUAAUAAACUGUAAUCUUUGUGAAUUAAUUACAUUAUUUACGCAACUCGAAGUUUCGUUUGUGAAAAGCUGGACUCGGAGAAUGUAUUUUUUUAUUUAUUUACAAAAUCUUUACAGUGUUAGGCCACAAUGUCGAAAAAAAUUAGAU